AUGGCGUUCUAUCAUACUUUUACCAUUCUAUCAACUAUGCUAUCUAUUACAAUCAAAAUCUAUAAAUUACAUCAUUCUCCGCAAUUUUUUUUUCUCUCUCUUUUGUUAUCUCUUUUUCUUUUUUGUCGAAUACAUCAAGAUAUGAUCAAUUUUUUUAAGGGUCACCCUACAAGGGAAUUGCUUCCUGCAAAAGUGAUUGCCGAAUCAUACAAGCGAGUGUUGUUGGAUUCAAACUAUUUAUCCUAUGAUACCGAUCCACUAAACCAACAUCCAUUACAAUAUGGAACAGAUCCAGGUAACUUGGAAAUUAGAAAAACUGUGGCCCAGUGGGUUGAUAGGAAAUUUGGUAUCCAAGGGUCGGAUCCUGACUGUAUCAAUUUAACUGCAGGUGCUUCAUAUGGUGUGGGAAAUAUUCUUGCUUCGGUCACAUCCCCAGAAAUUACCCAAAGAGCAUUUAUAGUCACCCCAACUUAUUUUUUGAUCAACAGUUCCUUUCUCGACGUGGGGUUUGAAGGAAAGAUGACAGCCAUCGAAGAAACACCCAACGGAGAGUACACUAUUGAUGUUGAACAUCUCGAGAAAGCAUUAAUUAAAUAUUCACAAGGGUUAGAACCUGUUCAUGAUGAUAUCAAUAUCAAGAUUGAUCCCGUGAGAGGGAAAAGAAAAUUUUACAGAUUUGUCAUGUACUUGGUACCAACUUUCUCGAAUCCAGGUGGUUUAACCUAUUCAUUGCAGACUAGGUAUAAAUUGUUGGAAUUAGCAAGAAAGUACGACAUGUUGCUUAUUAGUGAUGAUGUUUAUGAAUUUUUGGAUUACACAGACGCUAAAAAUCCUAUCGCCAGAUUCAACCAGUUAGAUAAAGCCACAGUGACCAGUUCCUAUGGAAAUACCAUUUCCAAUGCCACAUUCUCCAAAAUUAUUGCUCCGGGUUUACGAGUUGGUUGGCAAGAAAGCGCUACACCAAAAUUGGUUCAACAAUUGGCGGUGACAGGAAGCAAUCGUUCAGGUGGAACACCAAACCAGUUAUCGACCUUUGUGGUUGCUGACUUGAUAAACUCUGGUGAAAUAGACAAGAUCAUUGAGAGCUUUAAAAAAGUCUACAGUGAAAGAGUUAGAGUAUUGAAAGAAAGUAUUGCGAAGUAUUUACCUGCAGAUACAAAGGUAUAUGGAGGAGAAGGUGGAUACUUUGUCUGGGUAGUUACUCCUAAUGCCAAUGCAUACGAAACUGUUACUGAAUUGGCUAAACAUGGCGUUGUUCUUGCUGGUGGUGAAAACUUUGAAGUAUCUGGGGACACAAGAAGCUGGGGACAACACUGUGUCAGAUUAUCCAUUAGUUACUUAACCAAGGAAGAAAUAGAAAAAGGUGUUAAACUCUGGGGUGAAUUCUUAAAAUAG